AUGACUAGUGUGAAUAAAGUGCCUCGUGGCGACAAAGAGGCUGUUCUUGAAGCGCGGAAAAGAGAAUUAGAAUUUACAACCACAUAUAUAGAGAAUGCUGUCAUUAAGCAGAAGCAGGGAAAGAACGAAGACUAUGAGACAAUAGUACAAACUUUGAGAAAUAAGCCGGAAACUGCAUCGCAAUUGCGUAGAUUUCACUUGUGGAUUUUAGCACUGUCGAGAGUGGCUCCAACAUUGUCUCGAUCGUCGUUUAAACUAGUUGACGCUGUGUUAUCUAUUGAUUGGACUGGGUUCGAUGACAUGUUGGCGCAUGUUUAUACGAUGUUUUUAGGGAAUUUGGCAACAGGACAUCCUGCAUUCCUGAAGCCUGUGUUACGAAUGCUGGUAAAAGGUCUCUUAUUACAAACGGAAAGAGAUCUCCACUCAACGUCGAUUGAGAAAAGACAUGAACGAGUACACCAUGCAUUAAAAUACGUGCUGUCAACACGUCCGACUGCAUCACUGAAUUUUGUUCCAAUACUGUCAAGCGAAUUUCCUCAUAAAAGCGAGCCACUUGAUGCUCAGGUGGUGUAUGUACAGAAUCUUCUACGACUUUUGGCAUAUGCUCCACAUCUGGAAAGUCAGCUUCUUGAGAAAACAAUACAGAGGAUUAUCGAAAUUGAUGUUGAAAUACAAGGAAGACUCGAAGACCUAGAGGAACUAGAAGAUGAGAUGGAACUAUAUGUAGCAGAAUUAAAUUCAACAACAGUUGAUCAGACAAUAAAAGUUAUUAAAAAAGAUGGUAGCAUUAAGGAAGAAAUAUCGUACGAUAUAAAAGAAAUGAUGGAAAAACUGGACUGUAUGAUCAAAUUAGUGCUUGAUUAUAUGCAUUGGCACUACAAAGAUGCAACAGCAGCAAAUGACUUUGCAACCUCAAAACAGCUGCUAGCAAUUCUUCUUAAUAUCUAUGAAAAAUUUAUUCUCAGAACAUUCAAGUCCCGAUAUACUCAAUUCAUAAUAUUUUGGUACACUGGGAAAAGCUUGUCCUUUGCUCGUGAAUAUUUAGAUCUUCUUCACAAUAUAAUAUCUUCAUCUGAUCCAACUCUGCAUCCAGUGCCUAUAAGAGUAGCUGCUGCAUUGUAUCUCGGAUCUUAUGUGGCACGAGCAAAGUAUUUGGAUGGAGAUACCGUAAGAAGAUCAAUUGGGUUUCUCUCGAAGUGGUUGAAGGAAUAUGUGAAGGUGAACGAGUUGACCGCAAAUGAGCCCGAUAAAGUGGCAAAUAGCGUGUUUUAUGCUGUUGUACAGGCGACUAUGUAUGUAUUUUGUUUUCGGUGGAAAGAUUUGAUGGUAGAUAUUGUUUGUAAGGAUGGUAUUACGAGACGGAGAUGGUGCAGUGAGUUGACACCGUUCCCUCAUGUGCUUGCUUCCGCGUACAAACCACUUGAGAUCUGUUCCAGAAAUAUAGUAAAACAAUUUGCUCGCAUAACCAAUGCACUUGACUUUAUGUUUGUCUACGGUCUGAUGAGUGACUAUGGCGAGUCUUUACUAUCUUCAGAUGGAAACGACGAAUGGAGAAAGGACGAUAAUUUCUCUACGAAUUUGGAUGAAUUUUUAUUCUUUCCAUUUGAUCCGUUUCGAUUAAAAAACUCUCAGCCUUACUUGGAAGGGAUAUAUCAAUACUGGGAGGAGAUUGACGGGGAUGAGGAAUUGGAAGAGGAUUGGUUGACCGAGGAGAUGGUUUUGGAUAAUGUUGUCGAAUGGUGA